AUGUAUGCUGUUGGUAAGGAUUCACAAGUGAGCACGUGAGGAGUGCAGAAAUAAUUCAGCUCUGUCGUCCCUCGGAAUUAAGUUAAUCUUUUCCCUUCGCUGUUUUAUCAGGUGGUUAUGGUUAAAGGAGACACAGUACUGGACAUGAGAGGACGCUGUAGCGCUGGACAGAAGGUUUGAAUCGGAAGCGUACCCUAAGAUAAGACCCCACGAGGCAUCCGUCCUUCGAACGGGCCUUAAAGAUCUUAAAUUAGACUCUUGCGAGCAUAGGAACCUUGUUUUCUGUUUCUUUCUUUAUUUUUUUUUGUUAUUAUAAUUAUUAUUUUUUCUUCUGAAGUGUGUUUGUAUCAUCGUUUUUACAAUGUUUUGCCUGGCACAUUAUCAAUUGAGCUGCAUAGAAGAAUUGACGUAGUGACAAGCCACAUAAGUCAGUGAAAUUUUGAUGUUCUUUGUCACUUUGAGAUGCUUUUACUACCCUUCUCCUGACCUUCGAAACAUAAAUCGUAAAAGUGCAAAUGGGAGGUGACUUUUGACUUUCUGAAGGACAAAAGAUUGUGUAUUGCUGGUACGGUAUAUUUAACCAGAGACUGUUUGGAAAAUUUUCAUUUAAUUUCGUUUUUUCUUUUUACAAACCCUCUCUUUACUUUUCAUCUGCUGAUAUAUUGCUAUCACAGGUUCUGGCAUCGUUGAUAAUCAGAUUAGCUCUAGCAGAAACAUUCUGUCUGAACUGCGGUAUUUUAACUCUCGACGAGCCGACUACAAUUGCGAACCAAUUAGGAGCGUAA